AUGCCUCGCCCUACCCAGAAGCGAACCAUCUCCCAGAUUGAUCAAGAGCAGAGGAGGCUGGAGGCAGAGCGUGAAGCUGACUUGAGUCAUACAGCACGAAAAAAACGCGUCCAGGGCCAGAUUCCAAUGCCGCAUGGCCGACCCGAUCGUUCAAAUGGAGGGUAUUCCCUUGCUAAGGAAAUGCAGAUAGACAAGCAUAUGAUGACUCUAUUGCGUCUUCAGGAAUCCGUUCGUACCACAGUCCGUACCCACCUCGGAAAAGCUUUCCUAGAUGGGGAAACAAGGUAUAACAAAAUUGGCUUUCAGCGCCUGGGCGCAAUAGCAAUCGAUGUGAUGAAAGAAUUUCCAUGGCUUGAACGCGACUAUGAAGAUGUGUGGCCCCUUGAUCCACUAAUCAGGACAACGAUUGAGAAUAGGAAGACUGUUCUCAGGAGACGGAAAAGGGGGGGUAAAUAUGGUGAAUCUGUAAAGGUUAUGCAACUGAUUCAGCAUGUUGGAUGUGAGAUGCACUUAAUCAUGGUGCUGCAGCGAACACCAACAGGACCCAGUCACACAGACCUGCUCAGCACAACAUGCCCAGUACCAGUGAAGGGAGUCGUGAUGAUGAUGGACGCAGUAGGGCGCUGGGACGUGUGCAAAGGAAGACGGCAAGGGUUCCGACUGUGGUGA